AUGACGCAACUUUUUGCGUCCAGUCCAUCGCCCAUGAACGACAAACGCGGGAACUUCCCCGGUCUCUCACUUCCAUCUCGAAAACACUCCAACGAGUCCGGCCACCUACAAAACAGGAUCAAGAACUUUUUCCGGAUCAAUAGCUCGAGUAGCCACACCCCAUCCCACACUAGUAGUACAGCCAGUCAGGAUCGCGAACGAGAGAAGGAGAGUCAAGGGGCAUUUGCCAAGACUGAGAAGGCCGCCUUCCGCCAGUCUCGAUUCUUGCCAGCCAUUGGUCGUAAUCGUUCAACAACCGUUGCCAGUGAAGGCAAUCCUCUCGAUGAUAACUCGCCCACAGCAACUGCCAACCCGUACUUCGCCCAUCAGGGCCUGCCGGCACUACGGCAUAGGAACGAUGGGUCUGCGCCAUCAUCUCCUCCUGAUACACCCGAGUUGCAGGUCACCGGGGUAUCGGUUGCGGAACAGGCUACUACCACCAAUAAAGAGGAGCUAGCUCGCAAGUUACGCCGUGUUGCAUCGGCUCCCAAUGCCCAGGGUCUAUUUGCUAACGGUCAAAAUGAAGACGUUCCUCCGAUAUCUCAGAUCGGCAAAGAAGCUUUGGUUGACCAUACUGCAGUUGUCGAGCCAUCCAGCCUAAAUAACUCAAGCAUUGACAAAGGUAUUUUGGCUGUCCCUACCAUCGGGGCUAAUGGUAGAUUUGCAGACGUUGUUGAUGCUCCAUUCCGCCGUACUUACAGCUCAAAUUCGAUCAAAGUUCGAAAUGUGGAGGUGGGACCUGCAAGUUUCGACAAGAUCAAGUUGAUUGGUAAGGGUGAUGUGGGAAAGGUCUAUUUGGUCCGAGAGAAAAAGUCGAGUCGACUUUUUGCCAUGAAGGUCCUUAGCAAGAAGGAGAUGAUCAAACGCAACAAGAUUAAGCGUGCUUUGGCUGAACAAGAGAUCUUGGCCACAAGUAACCACCCGUUUAUUGUCACCCUGUAUCAUUCCUUCCAGUCAGAGGAUUACUUGUAUCUCUGCAUGGAGUACUGUAGUGGUGGAGAGUUCUUUAGAACUCUACAAACUCGACCUGGGAAAUGCAUAUCCGAAGAUGCUGCACGAUUUUAUGCCGCAGAAGUCACUGCCGCUCUGGAGUACCUCCAUCUAAUGGGCUUUAUCUAUCGAGAUCUCAAGCCGGAAAACAUUCUGCUGCACCAGUCAGGUCAUAUCAUGCUUUCAGACUUUGACCUAUCCAAACAAUCCGGACCCGGUGGCGCUCCCACCAUGAUUCCCGGCCGAAGCGGUGGUAACUCCACUACUGCUCUCCCCACCAUCGACACAAAGUCGUGCAUUGCUGAUUUCCGUACAAACUCAUUUGUGGGCACUGAGGAGUACAUUGCACCCGAGGUCAUUAAAGGCUGUGGCCACACCAGUGCCGUUGAUUGGUGGACUCUGGGAAUCUUGAUCUAUGAGAUGCUUUAUGGGACUACUCCUUUCAAAGGCAAGAAUCGAAAUGCUACAUUUGCUAGCAUUCUGCGAGAUGAGCCGCAGUUCCCAGAGCAUUCGGGUACGCCGCCGACUUCCAACUUGUGCAAGUCAUUGAUUCGCAAACUCCUGAUCAAGGAUGAGACCAAGCGUCUUGGUGCUCGCGCAGGUGCAUCAGAUGUCAAGACCCAUCCAUUCUUCCGAACAACCCAAUGGGCGCUCAUUCGUCACAUGAAACCACCUAUGAUUCCACAUCAGGGCCGUGCUGGCACUGACACCGUCAAUUUCCGCAAUGUCAAGGAAAGUGCCAGCGUAGAUAUCGGUGGCACCGAUGAGUCCAGGAUGAAGGGAGUACCAAUGGACUCCGGUCUGGCGACCCCGAAUGGCGAGUUGAACGAUCCCUUUGAAGAGUUCAAUAGUGUCACUCUCCACCAUGAGGGAGAUAUGUGA